AUGGAGCAGGAACAACAAAACCUUGAAAGCUUCUUAACAUGGGCAGCACUACUUGGAAUAUCAGACUCAACAACACGCGCCGACCAACCUCAACACUCUCUUUCCUCAUGUUUGGGUUCUUCUUUAUGUGUCUCUCAUUUUCCUCACUCUGGCGGAAGAGGUUUGGGUGCUGUGAGAGACCUUAGAAGGGGGGAAAUUGUUCUCAGGGUUCCAAAAUAUGCUUUGAUGACAAGAGAGAGUGUUAUGGAAGAUAAAAAACUCUGUUUUGCCGUCAAUAGACACUCUUGUCUCUCCUCAGUUCAGAUAUUGAUCGUUUGCUUGUUGUAUGAAAUGAGUAAAUGGAAGACUUCAAGGUGGCAUCCUUACCUCAUGCAUUUGCCACACACUUAUGACAUUCUAGCCAUGUUUGGGGAAUUUGAGAAGCGUGCUCUGCAAGUGGAUGAGGCGAUGUGGGUCACUGAAAAAGCUAUUCUGAAGGCCAAAUCAGAGUGGAGAGAUGCUCAUGCUUUGAUGGAAGAUCUCAUGUUUAGGCCCCAGUUUUUAACAUUUAAGGCUUGGGUUUGGGCUUCUGCAACGAUAUCUUCUCGAACUUUGCAUAUACCGUGGGAUGAAGCUGGGUGUUUAUGCCCUGUGGGUGACUUGUUUAAUUAUGAUGCACCUGGAGAGGAGUCAUCUGGCAUUGAGCAUUUAGAUUAUUUGCUAUCAAACUCUUCCAUUCACGAUACAAUCUUAUUAAAUGGAGACAAGAAUAUAAUGGUAGAUGCAGAACAGCUUGAUUCUCAUUCCCAGAGAUUAACUGAUGGUGGGUUUGAGGAAGAUGUUAAUGCAUAUUGCUUUUAUGCUAGGGCACAUUACAAGAAAGGAGAUCAGGUUCUAUUAUGCUAUGGAACUUACACAAAUUUGGAGCUUCUUGAACACUAUGGGUUUCUCCUACAAGAAAAUCCAAAUGACAAAGUUUUUAUCCCUUUGGAAGCUGCUGUAUAUUCUUCCACUUCAUGGUCUAAGGACUCACUCUAUAUCCAUCAUAAUGGGAAGCCUUCAUUUGCACUACUUGCUGCAUUGCGAUUGUGGGCAACCCCACAAAACAAGAGGAGGUCUGUUGGACAUCUUGUGUAUUCUGGUUCUCAAUUGUCUGCAGACAACGAAAUUUUCAUCAUAAAAUGGCUGUCCAAAACUUGUAUUGCUGUGUUAAAGAAUCUGCCAACAUCUAUUGAGGAAGACACCUUACUUCUGAAUGCAAUGGAUAAUAGCCAAGAUUUUUUCACUUUCGUGGAUAUCACAAAACUUUUGUCUUCCAGGGAUGAGAUGUAUACCUUCUUAGAAGCACAUAAUAUGAAGGAUACAGAUAGUUUCACUGAUAUAAUUUUAUCUAGAAAAGCAAGAAGGUCCAUGGACAGGUGGAAAUUAGCUGUCCAAUGGAGGCUCAAGUAUAAAAAAGUCCUUUUUAAUUGUAUCUCUUAUUGCAAUGAUAUACUAGAUUCUUUCAUGAAAUAA